GCUCCACCAACCAGCGACGGGGCCGGACGGCGAGGGCGCGCGCGCACAGACUCGUGUGGGGUUCGAAUCUCAGCCGCUUCCCGGCUACCGCCUAACGUCUAGGCCGCGUCUCCGCGGCGGCGGCGGCGGCGGGGGCAGCGAAGGCUAAAGCAGCGCGUGCGGGUCGCGUUUGGCCGGGUUGCCCCGCGCCCCCACCAUCUCCACCUUCCAGACGCUGCCAGGUGCGGCCUGGCUCUGCCUCGCCCUCCAUCGCGCUCGGCGCUCCGCCCUCCGCCCCGUGCCCCACAACCUGGCGCUCGGCCCUCCGCGCCGCGCCAUGGCCAAGCGGCGUGCGGCCGAGCCGCUAACGUUCCACGUGCCUUGGAAACGGCUCCCGUUCCACAGCUUCCCGGAGGCGCCGUUGCUCUGGACCCCUCCGUCCGGGGCUUCGCUGCCGGCGCUGUCCCGAAAGCGCAAAUUCGACGCGGGGGCCAUGGCGGAGUCCUCGGCCUCGCCGAGCAAGCGUCGCGGCGGUGCGGAUGGCAGCGCCCAGAGCGGUGCGGAGCUGGAGGGCCGCGCCCUGGACUCGGGCGAGCCGCCCGGCGAGAACCGAACACUGGGGGAGGAGCCGCGGGACGCCCGGCCCCGGAGGGGCGGUGGCGACGGCGGGGCGGGGCGCGCUGGGCCCCGGCGGGGAGAGUGCGGAGCUGCGCAGCGCCAGCACAAUGAGGAAUUUUGGCAAUAUAAUACCUUCCAGUACUGGAGGAACCCUCUGCCCCCGAUUGAUCUGGCCGACAUUGAAGACAUCAGUGAGGACUGCCUGCUAGAGCCAACACUUCAGGACAAGAGUGGUGAAGGAACUGAGGUGGACAUGGAGUCCUGAUGGAAGGAGCUGAAGAAGCAGGACUCAGUGAAUUUGAGGUGUGGCUAAGUGGAUUUACAUGUUUUUAAGGAAGAAUUUGUUUUCCAGACUUGACUUGUUAUCAUUCCAAACCUGAAAAGUGAGGGAAGGUCAUUUUGAAGAUAAAUCUAUAGUACUACUGAACCUUCCUGUAGGGAUUUGUCAGUGAUACAAUACAGUUAGAGGCAAAGUAUUUUAUGUAUGCAUUUUUAAAGAAAACAGUUUUGUUGGGCCGGUGACUUAGCUCAGUGGUUCCACUGCUCAGUGGUUCCACCACCUGCCUUGAAAGUGCAAGGUCCCAAGUUCGAUCCCUGGUACCAAAAAAAAAAAAAAGUUUAGGUUCUAACUUUGAAGAAACUGAUCUUAUGAAAAGGAAUUGUGGCAGUUGUAGAAUAGGUGAAAAACACUCAAGAUCUCCUUUCUGCACCAAAAAGUUUAUUUGUGGUACAUUAAGUGAAUAUCAUUUUAUAAUCAUUGAUAAAUAAAAUACUUUGUAAUACAUCUUAUUGACUCUUUAGUUGAACAAAUAGCUAACUUGAACAUCUAUGCAAACCAAAAGUGUGGAGGAUUUUCUCUGAAAGCUAGUAUUGUUUCAUAAGAGCUUUGUAAAUGAAAAGUAGAAUAUCAGUUUGAGUAGCAUGUUUGAAUAACUUACAGUACUUAAUGUUUGUUAAACUCUACUAUGGGCAAUCUAAACUGGAUAAAGAUCAGAGAAUUUUGUCUGUUUUCCCUUCCCCCUUUCCAAGAUAAGAGGGAAGAAAUGUUAUAUAACCAGUUUUUUUGGUUUUGAAUUACUUUGAGGGUAUGGCUUUUAUUGCUUAUUACUUUAGACCUAUAGUUCUCUCUCGAGAGUGACUGCACUUUAGUAUCUACCUGGGCCCGAUUCUAGAGAGAUGCUCAAUUAUUCUGAGGUGGGCCCUAGAUAUGCCUCUUGUUUUAGGCACCAUUCAUUUUCCUCUAUUCCUUUAUCGUGCAGACAGGGUUGAGAACCACUGGACUAAUGGUAGUUUUUCCUGUUUAAAGGAUCUCCUUUAAACUAACACAAGCAGAAGCAAUGCCUGUUAAUUAGCUUUGUUUUUAUUUUGCUCCUUUGAUGGCUUUGUUACAACUAAGUUAUUUUGUUGCUGUUACUAUUUCAUUGUUUAAAAAAAUAAAAGUAGGCAGUUUAUUUGAGUUACAUCCAAUAUCAUGACUAUGUUAAUUAACUUUUGUACUGUACCCAGGUUGUUGGCUUUCUAUUUGAGUAACUUGUCCAUACUUGUGUAUUCGUUGUUAAUAACAUUAAAUCCAAAAUUCUGAAAAGAUGGUAAAUGCCAAUGAGAAAAAAAAAAACCAACUUUUUUGUAUGUACUACAAGAUUUAAGUGUGGGUUAAUAAUAAGAGAACUGAAGGCAGAUAUUGUAGACAUGGUUCAAAGUCAUAUACUGCCACUUCCUACCUAUGUGACAUUGAACAAGUUAUUUUCAUCUCUAAGCCUCAGAUUUCUUACCUGUAAAAUGAGAAAUAAAUAGUAUCUACCUCA